AACAAAAAUAUAACACAAAAUACAAUCUUAGAAAUUCUAAUUCUAUUUUCAUCUAAAUCUCCCAGCCUCCACCCUCUCAAGCCUCUUUGUAAUCACCAAAACUUUGCUGCCGUCGCCCUUGCUGCAGUUAUCGUCGCCGUCGCCCUCGCUGUCGUCGUCGUCGUUGCCCUCGCAGCAGUCGGCUUCCCCCUCGCCGGUCAUCAGGUACGUACAGGGGUGCAGCUGCAUUUUGUGGUUUACAAAAUCUACUGGCUGAGAAACGGGGUGUUAAUGAUGUUCAUGAUAUCUUCAAUGUUGCAGGCAGCUAAGAGGGUUAAGAGCUGGAGAUCACUUUCUACUGAAAUAUCCACGCUGGAUACAUAUGGAACUUCUUCACUCGGAGAGAAAACCCCAUUUAUGACUUUUGUCUUAGGUGGCCCUGGUAGCGGAAAAGGUACACAAUGUUUAAAGAUAGCAAAGACUUUUGGGUUUAAACAUCUGAGUGCAGGUGAUUUGUUAAGGAGGGAAAUACUUUCUAAUAGUGAUGAUGGAGCCAUGAUCCUGAACACAAUUAAAGAGGGCAGAAUUGUUCCUUCUGAAGUGACAGUUAAAUUGAUUAAAAAGGAGAUGGAAUUAAGUGACAACAGUAAGUUCCUUAUUGAUGGCUUCCCACGAACUGAGGAGAACCGCAUAGCAUUUGAACAUAUUAUUGGAGCAGAACCAAACAUUGUUCUCUUCUUUGAUUGCCCGCAAGAAGAGAUGGUAAAGCGAGUGCUAAACCGCAACGAGGGUCGAGUUGACGACAACAUAGAUACAAUCAAGAAACGUCUUGAAGUAUUUUCAGCAUUAAAUCUUCCCGUUAUUGGCUACUACUCCAAGAAGGGAAAACUUCAUACAAUCAAUGCAGUUGGAACAGUAGACGAGAUUUUUGAACAAGUUCGCCCUGUUUUUUCUGCAUGUGAGGCAAUGAAAUGAAAGAUUGUUGUGGUCAGGGAUGAGCAUUCUGUAAGACUUGUGGUAUGUAGUUGGCAAAGCACAAGGGUGAAAUUCUUAAUUAAAGGCCUCAAGGAAUUUGAUGAGGACAAAGCAUUUCUCAGCCUAGAUGAUGAAGCUUAUGUUCGAUGUUUAUGCUUGUGGCAGUCCAUUUAGAUUGCUCAAGGGAAAGGUGCAGUGAAACCCUUGUUAGUCGUAUGUUUGUAGAAAUUGAAGAAGAAAAAGUUCACAAAAGAUACUUCAAGACUUAUCAAUAAUACUUCGAUGCAAAUUCAGAUCGAGAUUUAUAAAAUUCGUUUCCUUUAUGAAA